CAUCACGUAGGGAUGGGAGCGAGUCUUUGGGCUCGAGCUCUUUGCUGAGAAACAGAAACACAGCUUAGAAAGUGUUCACGUAAAAAGCUGUUUAUCUGUACCUAUUCUCCAAGUUGAAGAGAGAAUAAUGAUGAUUUCUUAAGAGUAUGGGGAAAAACAUAGAAAAACAAUUUAUUGUUUCUGUCGAGUAGUAUAUAAUAAGUGUGGUUAUUCUAGAACGAGCGUGGUCACAAGUUGAUCGUGAUUGACCGGUCAAUCGCUGCAUCGUGUUUGGUCAAUCGUGGAUAUGGCUUGUUAAAAUAUGAAAAACAUUUGUAAUUUUAAUAGAAAUAUUUUUUUCUGUGAAAUCGUUUAAUUAUUGUCUAUGGGUUAGUAACACUGUGCUCUAUUAGAUGGAUAGGAAGAAGUGCUCUUUGUGUCGAUGGUCAUUGAAUUGUUACAGGUGUUUAGAGAAAGAAGAAAAUAUGAGUGUCUCAGAACUAGAUUAUGGAAGUGGGGAUGGAGAAGAAAAUGGAGAACGAACAGAAAUCAUUAAUUUGGAAACACUUCAACUUAAAUUACAGCAAGAAAGAGCCAGAUGUCAGAAACUCACUGAAGCUAAUAAUAUGUUGAGAGAACAAUUAGAUGUAGCAACUCAAGCAAAUCAAGCUCUUACAGCAGAUAUACAUCGAUUAACUGAAGAAUGGCAACAUACAAGAAAAGAAUUAGAUAUAAGAGAAUCAGAAUGGAGGGAAGAAGAACAAACUUUAAAUGAUUAUUUCACUGAAGAACAUAGUAAGUUGCUGAAUCUUUGGAGGCAAUUACUUAACUUUCGACAUGAAUUUGCAGAAAUGAAAAUGAGUACCGCACGUGAUUUAACGACUUUAAAGUCAGAUAUAACACUUUCAGCAAGUCAUAUGACAGGAGCUUGUUUAAAUUUGUUAGCUAAUUCAUCACUAUCUCAGGAGACAGAUAUGUUGAAUAUUGAACUUCAGAAAAUUACUCAAGAAUUUAAAAAGUUACAAGUUAAAUAUGAAGUAGAAAAGAAUGAAUACAAAGAAAAGAUUCAUGACCUUACUGUACAAAAUGAGAAAGCUAAAAACAAUAUUGAAGAAAAAGAAGAAACAAUUGAUACUUUAAGAAAUAAAAUUGAUAAAAUGAUAAAAGAAGAAGAAGAAAUGGAAAAUAAAAUUGAAAAUACUAAUAUACAAUUAAAAUAUCAGUUGAAUUCAUUAUAUGCCAUAUAUAAAGAUAUAGCACAAAUUAUUGUUGAUGAUGCUUAUCAUCAAAAUUGGAUUGAUCAUUUACAAGAACAUUUAGAAAAUAGAGGACAAUUUAUUUUCAAAAAUUUGUUGGAGGGCAAAACAACUUCUGCAGUCAAACAUUAUUCUCAAGUUGAAGUUUCUGAUAUACCCAUUUUUGCAGAAUCUGUUUUAACUGCAGUUAGAAUUGCUCUUAGUCACUACCACUUGGAAGAAGAAUUACAGAUUAUUGGACCUUGUCCCCUUCAAAGUACUCCCCUUCCCUAUUCAUACACUUAUCCCAGUGAUGUUUCCACUUUGCAAAGCAGUCCUGGCAAGCUUGUUUUGGAUUGUCCUUCAAUGCUUGUGACAAAUUUGUUUUAA